UAUGUCACUGGUCCUGUUAUUUAGCCCGGACAGGAACGGGUGCUUUUUCAGGAGGGAAACUUCACCAGGGUUUUUCUUGAUUAAAAGACGAUUCAUUCAUACAGUUAAAUAAUACGAGUCAUUAUAGCCAUACAGCAAGAUGUCAGGGUGGCUCUUCUCAGACGAUCUGACAGGUGAAGAAGCUGGACUGGCGUGGUUACAUGUGGUCUGCGGUUGUGAGGCCGGUUGGACGUACUGCCAAAUUCUCUAAAACAACGUUGGAGGCAGCUUAUGAAAGCCCACCAGUCAUGUCAGGUAUUGCAUUGAGCCGGCUUGCUCAGGAGCGCAAAGCGUGGCGGAAAGACCACCCUUUUGGCUUUGUGGCUGUGCCCACGAAAAAUCCAGAUGGAACAAUGAACUUGAUGAACUGGGAAUGUGCCAUUCCUGGGAAGAAGGGGACCCCAUGGGAAGGAGGCUUGUUCAAACUGCGGAUGCUGUUCAAGGAUGACUAUCCUUCCUCGCCCCCAAAGUGUAAAUUUGAGCCUCCGCUCUUCCAUCCUAACGUGUAUCCGUCAGGCACAGUAUGCCUAUCCAUUCUAGAAGAGGACAAGGACUGGAGACCCGCCAUCACCAUCAAGCAGAUCCUAUUAGGAAUACAGGAACUCUUAAAUGAGCCAAAUAUCCAGGAUCCAGCCCAAGCAGAGGCAUACACAAUUUACUGCCAAAACAGAGUAGAAUAUGAAAAAAGAGUUCGAGCACAGGCCAAAAAAUUCUCCCCUUCGUAAGGGUGAAGGCUUGGCUUCGGCAGAAGGAAUGGGUCAAACGCGGAUCACCUCACCUCUGUUUCUCUAUGAAUGUGCCCCUCUCACAUCGGGACUUGCUUAUAAGGACUUCUAUUUAAAACUGAUACAUUCUGUGCCAUCCUCUUCUCCUUUUUUUGUUCUUUACCUCUGGGUUGGAGUGUGGCAGGCGCUGGGAUGAAAUGGGAGCCGUAGCACCCCGGCCGCUUCCUUUUUUUAGCCGUAUUACUUGUCUUGUGGUGCGAGGGACAGAGCACAGUACCGGUUUUGCCAUCGACUCAAAAUAAGCCUCUUUUGAGGAAGAGAACAUCUUGGUUGUCUUUGUCUUUUGUUUAAUUUCUCUCACAGGGUCUGUUCCUUUAAAAAAAAAAAAAACACCCCUCUUGUAUUUUCCUUGAUUUUUAAUUCUGUAAAAUUAGCUAUUUACUUAAAUGUCAGUAUUUCAACUGCUGUAUAAUUAGUGGCACUUUUUAUACUGUAUUAUCUCACUAGUUUCUCUAGAAUGCUCGGUCUGAUUCUCUUAUGCAGGUUUUCUAUUCAGCAUGCUGUAAUAUAAAAUAAUCUGCUGCCUUGGCUGUCUUUUUUUCUUUUGUUAUUUGUAGUGUUUGCAAAUUUUUUUAUGGCCUCGUCUCAAUGCAGGUAGGCUUACUUCUGUAUUAAACUCUAUUUAUAGGGUGCUUUGUUCAUGUACGUGUUAGACUAAAUAAACCGUUUCUAUAAAGCCAUUGUUAUACUUUUUGUCUCGCAGUAAAACUAGUGUUUUAACAAAUGCUGGCAUAGAAUUGUUAUAAAAGCUAUAGCUGGACCCCCCCCACAAGAAACACUGUUUAUAUACCAUAUUUUGUACAGAUGUUUGAUCAUCAUAAUACAGUAAAACAUCACACUUAAUCAAUAAAUUUGAUUUUUGACUUGA